AUGGAGUUGAUAAGCAAGGAGAAGUCAAGAAACGUGACCUUCAAGAAAAGAAAAGAAGGCUUGAUCAGAAAGAUGCACGAAUUCGCCACCCUCUGCGACGUCAGCGCGUGCAUGAUAAUCUACGCGCCGCCGAAGCAACCGAACGCCGCCGCCGACGCCGACGAUCAAGUGCCGGAGAUUUGGCCGGAGAACACCGACCAGGUGCGUCGUAUAAUCGACAUCUACAAAUCGAAGAAGAAAGAUUCCGGCAACAAGACGUUCGGCCUGCCCGAUUUCUUCCACGAUCGGAAGAGAAAGAUCGACGACGAGCUGGCGAAAAUGAGGAAGAAAAAUAGGGAGGCGAAUUACCCCACCUCGGCUGAUAAUUUAAAUUUGAAUGAGGCGGGGUUGAGAGAAUUUGGCGCCAGAUUGAGCGUUAGGGCUCAGUACGUCAAAUCAAGGAUUGAGUUACUCAGGAGGGAUAAGGAUGGAUUGAUCGGGAUGGGAUUGAUUAAUAAUCACCACCCCCACCCCCACUACCCAAUUGAAGCGAAUAUUCCUGUUUUUAAUCCCAACAUUAAUCACCACCACCAGGAAUUGCACUGUGUGAGCGACAAUUCGAUGAUGAAUCUUCUGAUGAACGACGACGACGAUGAUCGCUUCCUCCAAUUUGGGAAUCCGCCGCCGUAUCAGCGGCAAUUUUUCCCCGGUGGCGGGGGGAUGAUGGAGCCAAUUCUUUUCUACGGACCGGCGGCGGGGGUUUAUCCUGGGAUGGCGGCGCCGCCGCAGAUGCAGUUUCCGAAGAUGGAGAAUUAUGACGGUGGGCAAGAGGAUUUUAUUCAGUAUCAGAUGAACCCUAGAUCAAGGUACUAUUGA